GUUUCGGAUAUGACGAGACUGAUGGAAGCACCUUGCGCUGGAGAUGGACGUCACAUCACCACCAGCAGCAGCGGCUGCCGUGAGAUUGGACCACAUUUGGGAUGGAAUAGCUCUGGAGGAACUACUGGAAAACCAUCUUACUACUUCUGAACAUUUAAAAGGACAUUUUAUUUUAUGCUGUUCGAAGCUAGCCACACAAAUAAGUUACGCGAAGUAAUGGUUUUCGAUGGCAAAAGACACUUAAGUUUUUCUCUGGUUGCGAGACGGCGAGAGAGCUGUUUUAUAUCGAAGUGAAGCCACAUAUGAUUCCUUUCGAUUAGCUAACACCUAGCUAGCUGGCUAGCUUUAUUGAACUAGAUUGGGCAAUUGACAUUGAUUUUACAAGUGUUUUCUAACUAUCUGUCUCAAUGUCAUUGGAAACGUGGUCUUGUGGAACAUGGUGGAAUGUUUUCAGUUGUGACUUGCUCGUUUGCUUGCCUCUGCACUUGCAAAAAAGUAGUCAGCCUCCACGUAGCUUUUUGGCUAGUUAACAGCAAGAUAAAGAAAAUAUCUUUGUCUAUUACUAGAUUUUGUUUUUACCCGGAGUGACUCAGAUCAGUCAGUCUUUUGAUGAAAGUGCUUCGAACACUUAAAAGCGAGGAUGAAAACCUAGGGAAAGAAAGGUAAACAAAAGGGGUUACUUGGAUCCCUGACCAUUUGGCAGAGGUAGAUACCCCACAGUGCAGAUGGCUAGAAUUCUUGAACAAAUCUAUUGACGAGGAGAAAGAAAUGGUCAUUAAAAAUCGCCCACAUGCGCUCUAUCGAUCGUUGGAUUGGGGUAAGGAAUCAGACGGCGGAGAGGUACGUGCCCUUGCAGACUGAAGGAGGAUGGCGGAGCCGUUCCAUUGGAAGUAAUCAACGUAAAACUGCGAGAGUUGUUGGAUUUAUUGGUAACAUCUACCCUGACCGUAGGACACAUGCAGGCCAAAAAACGGUACUUAUUUCUGUUCUCCACGGGUGCAUGUCUCUUUCUUUUGUUCUACAUUGGAGGGGUACACUUCCCGUUAUCAAGAGAGGGCACAAACCAAGGUGAUGAGUACCGCCACUCCAACUUGCAGUGGCCCCACUUCCUGGGCCCUUUGCAGCCGUUCAGCCCCUUCGAUCAACUGGAGACCGAAGACUUCAAUGUUCACAUAUCACCAAGGCAAAAGAGGGAUGUUGUGCCAGGUAUCUACACUAAGAAACGCUGCAGAAUGGAGUCCUGUUUUGAUUUCUCUAAGUGCAAUAACAACAGAUUUAAAGUUUAUGUUUACCCUCAGCAGAAGGGGGAAAAAAUGUCAGAAAGUUACCAAAAUAUUUUGUUCGCCAUUGAGGGUUCUCGGUUUUACACCUCUGACCCGGGGCAGGCUUGCCUUUUCAUCUUGAGUUUGGACACUUUGGACAGGGAUCAGCUCUCACCUCAGUAUGUUCACAACCUGAAAACAAAAAUACAGAACUUGCCUCUUUGGAAUGGUGGCAAGAACCACAUUAUCUUCAACUUGUACUCUGGGACAUGGCCUGACUACACAGAAGACUUUGGCUUUGACAUCGGCGAAGCAAUGCUCGCCAAGGCCAGCAUUAGCACGGAAAACCUCAGACCCAACUUUGAUGUGUCUAUUCCUCUUUUCUCAAAGGAACAUCCAAGGACAGGAGGGGAGAGGGGUUAUUUAAAAUAUAAUACCAUUCCCCCUUUCAGAAAGUAUAUGCUUGUAUUUAAGGGGAAACGGUACCUCACAGGAAUAGGGUCAGACACAAGGAAUGCAUUGUAUCAUGUCCAUAACUCGGAGGAUGUGGUGCUCCUCACAACAUGUAAACACGGCAAAGACUGGCAGAAGCAUAAAGAUGCCCGCUGUGACCGUGACAAUUCAGAGUAUGACAGCAAAACAGAAAAAAGGACAUGGACCAGAAGAUGGCUGCUCAGGAGGAAGAGGGGGUGUUACAGCCAACCACUGAGGGAGCUGGCUGACGAAGAUGCUCCUGGUUACAGAAACUGGUUAAGAAUGGCGCCAAACACAUUUAAUAGUCUGGUGAGCCUGGUGGAACCAUCAUUAAGAAGGCAAGACACAGUGAUGAGGGAGGCAAUACCUGUUGGGGAGAGACUGGCAAUAACAUUGAGGUACUUGGCCACAGGACAGACCUUCUCCUCUCUGGAAUACACAUUCCGGGUUAGUAGGCACAGCAUUUCCAGGAUAGUAGUCGAGACCUGUGAGACUCUUUACAAGGCAUUACAACAGGAUUACCUCAAAGUGCCAUCCACAGAAGAGGAGUGGAAACACAUUUCCACCAGAUUUGAGGAGAGGUGGAACUUUCCACAUUGCAUUGGGGCCUUAGAUGGCAAGCAUGUCAACAUCCUUCCGCCACCUAAUUCAGGGUCUCAUUACUAUAACUACAAAGGUUUUAAUUCAAUAGUUCUCAUGGCUCUAGUAGAUGCAGACCUGAAAUUUAUUUAUAUUGAUGUAGGGACAAAUGACAGAGUUAGCGACGGGGGAGUUUGGGCCAAGUGUGGGCUGAGCCGGGCAUUGGAAGACAACACACUGAACAUACCACCACCAGAAGACCUGCCUGGCCGUCAAACCCCUGUCCCUUAUGUUGUCGUGGCUGAUGAGGCUUUUGGUUUGAAGCCAUGGAUGAUGAGACCAUACCCAAGGACACAACUGAAUAACAACAAGCGAAACUUUAACUACAGGCUCUCUCGUGCACGUCGUUGUGUUGAGAAUGUUUUUGGAAUCUUGGCAAACAGAUUCAGAGUUUUUCGCCAAGCAAUUGCACUGGAGCCUUCCAAGGCUGUAAUAAUAACAAAGGCAGCAUGUGUUCUUCACAAUUACCUAAGAACUGAAUCCCUCACCCGUUACACCUACACACCUCCCAGUCUGGUGGAUCAGGAGGACACUGAAACAGGUCGACUUAAUCACAGAGCUUGGAGGGAAGAACCAGAAUGUAUGCGCCCUAUUGCAGCUUCCUCAGACAGAAAUUCAUCUUUGCAGCAAAACAAGUGAGAGAGGAGUACUGCAGCUACUUCAACACAAACGGAGCAGUAAGCUGGCAAGAGAACGCUUUGUCUUGAAUACUUAUUCUUCGUCCACACUUCCAUAACCUCUACCCAUCUGUUUCAUUAAUGCAGUAUGCAGGAUACAAAAAGACGAUAAUGAAUGAAAUGCAACAAAUACAUUUUGUUUGAUUUUAUUUUCAGUUCAGCCACCCUGGCAAAUGCAAAAUAUAAAAUACACAAUUAAAGAAGUUAAAUUACUAUUAAAUAAGUUAAAUUGCAGAUUACUAUACAUACUAAUAUACAUACUCCAUUUGUUUAAAAUUCAGAAUACAAAAAGAUAAUAAAUACAAUUUUACAAUCAAAUACAUGUUUUGUUUUUCAUUUUCAAUUCAGCUACCCUGGCAAAUGCAAAAUAUAAAAUACGCAAAUAAGUUAAAUUACUGUUGAAUCAAAUCCCUAUACAUACUACUCCUCAUCUUGGACAGAGUGAGCCAACUCGAUUAUCUGUCUUUUCAGCUUCUUCACCUUGUUGUCUGGCAGACUUUCUAGGCAACUUUCUAAGUACUGUAAAAAGCCAGUGUGCUGUGAGGAGGCCUUUCUUUUCAGAACACCCAUAGCUUACUGCCUCUGUAGCUUUAUCCAUUUUUUUCUUUUUGGGCUCAGACACAGCAUUGUGGCGUUGGGGUUGAGGUGGAGUUGUAGGAGUGUAUGUGGAAGGAGAAGGAGAAGAUAAGAUGUUCUCUGGGAACUGGGAUGCUGAGGGAGCAGCCAAAACUGUUGACAAAUUGUCACAACUUUCUUCAGGGGUGCAGGGAUCACGGAGAAAAGACAGGAUGUAAUAAUACUUCCACUUUGGGAGGAAAACCUCUUCAACGCCGGCCCCCGAUUUACUGCUCUUCAGAACCAGGCCAUGCUCCCGCGAAAACACAGUGCGAAGGUUUUUAAAUUUCCUCUUGAUAUCUUCCUCUGAGAAAAAAAGGAACAUAAUAUUGUAACAUAAAUAAUCUAUAGGUGAUAUCACAUACUUUUUUUUUUAACUAUGCGUUUACACACAGUUUAUAUUAUGAAGAAAUGUGGAAUUAACUGUAGAAAUUAGGGCUGGGCGAUAAAUCGAUAAAAAUAACUAUCGAAGUAAUGACUUCCCUCGAUAAAGAUAUCGUAACAUUAAUUCAUUUUCAAUAAUAUCGAUAAUGUCCAUAGUGAUAGAUCAGAAAUUAUUUUGAUCUGUUCUUAAACCUUUGUCCAUGACUGUAACGCAGUAAGAACCAUGUUGUCGAUAAUAACUAACUUACUACAACAACAUUAUUGCAAUAGCCAUUAGAACUUGAAAAAAUAUGCAUAAAACAAUUUUCACAACAGGAUGUACCGGUUAUAUAUCGGUCCUCAUCUGACAGCUUCUGACAGAGCAUCUGAAAGUCCCUCGUUUUAAGGUCCCGGUGUUUAUAUAGCUUUGCCUUUGGGUUCCACAAGUAGUCGUGCUCUGUAUACAAGGAUACAAUAAGAGACGGUGAUGUUAGACAAACACUGCUCCAACUUAAAAACAAGACAAAAAAACUAUCGAUGAGCGGCCCUUCAUUUAUUACAAGUCAGUGGUUCUCAAACGUUUUAGAGUGGCGUACCCCCGAGGCAUUUAACAUCAUUCUGCAUACCCCCUCUCAUACACUGCACUGUCUGUGUUUAUACUUGUUCUUCACGCUAGUAAGUGCUAAAUCUCCACUUUUACAAAGGUACAUUGUCGAGAACAGCAGUAAUAUAAUGUGUGCAAUUUUCGUUUGCUUUUGACUCAGUUUAAUUUGGAUGUCAUGUAUUUACGGCAUUUAACCUGCUAAAAAUGCAUAGUAUGGGGUAGAAUUAAAUAAACGGCCAAUUUUGUUCGCGUACCUUCUCCGUCGCCUCAAUUUGAGAACCACUGUUAAAAGUGAAUUGCCGAAACACGUCAGGGUAACUAGCUACUGUAAUUAACUUUCAGGUAGGCUAACUAGCUAACCAUGUUAUGUAGCAAAUUCACCUCAAGUUAGCUAGCUAGCUAUAUCCCAUAGAAAGUCUAUGGAGCGGUGGCUAACGGCAGUUAUCAAAACUAACGUUAAAUAUUCAAUGUAUAAAUUACAGCCUGGACACAUUAAAUUUGACAUCUAUUGCUAUUUUAAGCAUUAAAUUAAGCAAAUUUUCUGUUAUGGGUUUACACAUGACAUUUUACCAGCAUAAAAAGAUAUUAGUUGACGCUCCUUUUCUUCGCUCCACUGCCGCUGAGAGGCCGCCAUCUUGUUUGAACAUUUUCUGAAAUCUCCAAGCCGGUCACGUGAUCGGUGGCUAGCAUUCUGAUUGGAGGAUCUCAAAAAGUUGCCCACGACUGAUCUAAAGUAUCCUGAUAAAAAUAUGUUGCCCAUUCUCAAUG